GUAUUCUCCACGAAGAUUAAUACACAUCUGCAUGCGUUCGAACUAAUUUUCGAAACACUUAUUCGACUCGUUUGCUGGCAGAUCCAAAACGGCAUUUUUGAAUGCGUAAACUGCUUCUUCUGGUGACUGGAACCUUUGACCACGCAGUCUGUUUUAAAUUUUCGGGACUUAGAUCGGGAGUUUUUCGCAAACAAAUGGUGGUAUACCAAUCCGCAGUAACAAUUCUUUGCUCACUAAGAGGAAUUGUUGCAAUAUGACCCGCUUUUGAC